GGUCCCCCUCCGCCCCACGCGGCCCGAACCAUGGACGCCAGGUGGUGGGCAGUGGUGGUGCUGGCUGCACUCCCCUCCCUGGGGGCAGGUGGGGAGACCCCGGAAGCCCCUCCAGAGGCAUGGACCCAGCAAUGGUUCUUCCGCUUUUUGGUGAAUGCUGCUGGCUAUGCCAGCUUUAUGGUACCUGGCUACCUGCUAGUGCGAUACUUCAGGCACAAGAACUACCUGGAGACAGGCAGGGGUCUCUGCUUCCCUCUGGUGAAAACUUGUGUAUUUGGCAAUGAGCCCAAGGCCUCUGACGAAGUUCCCCUGGCGGCCCGGACAGAGCCUGCAGAGACCACUCCUUGGCAGGCCCUGAAGCUGCUCUCCUGUGCCACUGGGCUCCUGGCAUCUUACCUGACUUGGGGUGUGCUGCAGGAAAGAGUGAUGACCCGAAGCUAUGGGGCCACGGCCACAUCACCAGGGGAGCGCUUCACGGACUCACAGUUCCUGGUGCUAAUGAACCGCGUGCUGGCACUGAUUGUGGCUGGCCUUUGCUGCAUCCUCUUCAAGCAGCCCCGGCAUGGGGCUCCCAUGUACCGGUACUCCUUUGCCAGCCUGUCAAAUGUGCUGAGCAGCUGGUGCCAAUAUGAAGCUCUCAAAUUCGUCAGUUUCCCUACCCAGGUGCUGGCCAAGGCCUCUAAGGUGAUCCCUGUCAUGAUGAUGGGAAAGCUGGUGUCCCGGCGCAGCUAUGAACACUGGGAAUACCUGACAGCUGGCCUUAUCUCCAUUGGGGUCAGCAUGUUUCUACUGUCCAGUGGACCAGAGCCCCGCAGCUCCCCAGCCACCACUCUCUCGGGCCUCAUCCUAUUGGCAGGCUACAUUGUCUUUGACAGCUUCACCUCAAACUGGCAAGAAGCCCUGUUUGCCUAUAAGAUGUCAUCAGUGCAGAUGAUGUUUGGGGUCAACUUUUUUUCCUGCCUCUUCACAGUGGGCUCCCUGUUAGAGCAGGGGGCUCUCCUGGAGGGGACCCGCUUCAUGGGGCGACACAGUGAGUUUGCAGCACAUGCCCUCCUGCUGUCUGUCUGCUCAGCAUGCGGCCAACUCUUAAUCUUCUACACCAUUGGGCAGUUUGGGGCUGCUGCCUUCACCAUCAUCAUGACUCUCCGCCAGGCCUUUGCCAUCCUGCUCUCCUGCCUCCUCUACGGCCACACCAUCACUGUGGUGGGCGGCCUGGGGGUGGCUGUGGUCUUUGCUGCUCUCCUGCUCCGAGUCUAUGCACGGGGCCGCCUAAAGCAACGGGGUAAGAAAGUUGUGCCAGUAGAGUCCCCUGUGCAGAAGGUUUGAGGGGUGAAGUGAAAUAGUACCUCGUGUAACUGUCUCCUACAUUUACUUGUCAGAGGAGGCUGGCUCAAGGGCAAAACGCAGUUCUCAGUAUCACAGAACCAGCUUUGCAGCUGGGGGCAGGGAGCCCUGGAGGAAGCCUUCCCCUUUGCCUUAAGUCACCCAUCCUCUAGUAGGCAGGAUUUUUAGGCGCCCCACUGUAGACAUGCAGUGUGAAGGAGUCUUACAAGGCAGACACCUUCCAAACACUACCCCCGCCCUUUCCCAGAAAUUUCACCCAACUGGUCACCUGUGCUUGUCCCCUACCUUGAAUACCCAGAGACUUGCAUCUCUUACUCUGGAGAGAAAAGCACAAAGUGUUGUAGACUCCAAAUGCUGCUUUCCCAGGAGAAAGAUGGUGCUGUGCUGGCGGGGAGGGAAGGUUCUAGAGCCCUGCCCAGCAGUGGCACCCUCUGUGCUCCUGGAACCCUGAGCUCAUGGAGCACCUUGGAGCCAGUUGCAGGUUUUGGUACUUUGGAAAUGUAACUUUUGGCUCUUAUAAUUUUAUUUUAUUAAAUUAAAUUGCUACAAUGGGCUUGGUCCUGUGUGUUGCUUUACUUAAAUACAUGUUCUAGGAAUGGGACUAAAACCCAUUUUAAACCUACCCUUUCAGUGUGGUCUUCUAACAGCUACAUGGCUACCAAGUCAUCUUUGUUUACGAGUACUGUAACGCUCUAGAUGACAAGGUAGUAUUAUAUCCACUUUACAGGUGAGAGCAUAACUGUAUAAAACUGCAUUGUCUUUAUUUUGCAUACUUUAAUUUCAGAACAAAAUAAACAAAAAAAUUCACAACAUCCAAACCCGUUGUCAACAUGGGAGGGGACAGGGUUUGAGACCCUCCUAUCCUGUCUUAGGUAAGACAACAAAGAAAAAAACACUAGUUUUAUCAGCAGAAGGAACCAGGUGGGCAGAGCCACUCAGGCUGCUAGGGGAAGAGAUGGGGACACUAUACAGAGGGCACAGGGUCUGUAGGUACAAACUCCUAGUCUACUUCUUCCAUGCGAGAUGCAUCCUCAUCACCCUCAAGGGGAGGGAUCUCAUCAGGAACAGCAGCACUGGGCUCCUCUGCUGUCACUUCAUCUUCAUCGAUGCCUAGAAGUAAUAAAGAACAUUGUGAGAUUUGACCCAAACAGCAUCAAAAAGACACUUCCCAAGCUUCUUGCCACACAAUGACACUCACCCAAACCUAGUUUGAUCAUGCGGUAGAUACGGUUUGAGUGGGUCUGGGGAUCCUCAAGUGAGAAGCCAGAAGACAGCAGGGCAGUUUCAAACAGCAGCACCACCAGGUCUUUGACAGCCUUAUCAUUCUUGUCUGCCUCUGCCUUCUGCCUCAGUGUCUCCACAAUAGGGUGGUCAGGGUUGAUCUCCAGGUGCUUCUUGGCCAUCAUGUAGCCCAUUGUAGAGUUGUCCCGAAGUGCUUGGGCUUUCAUGAUCCGCUCCAUGUUGGCUGUCCAGCCGUAGGUGCUAGUCACAAUGCAGCAGGGCGAAGACACAAGCCUGUUGGAGAUUGUCACCUGUGGACAAACACAGAAACCUUAAGUUUACAUUA